ACUUAGGUGUGUGCAUGCAAUUACAUUCUGGUAAUUUGCUGUAUAAAUAUGGACUAAUUUUUACUUGUUUUUUUAAUUUUUAACAAGCAUUACUAAUUAACUUUUUUUUUUUUUUUUAAUUAAUCUUGGAAAAACAAAGAAAUAGGUUAAGAAAAAUCAGUGCUAAAAUCAUCAGUUUUUCCAAUGAGUAAAUAAAUAAAAUAAUUUUUUUUAUACAAAAUGUCGUGCAAUAUCAAAUUAAUAUUAACUAUAUCUGUGAUAAUUAUUCAUAAUAUCAAUUCACUUACAAUACGAGAAAAUGUAAUUACUGAUGAAAGAUUCCUAGAUAAUCCUCAUUAUGAUACAUAUGAUGAGUUAACAACCUUAUAUCACAAUUUGACUGAAAAAUAUUCCACAAUUGCCAAAUUACAUUCAAUUGGUGUAUCUGUUGAACGUCGAAAUUUAUGGGCGAUGGAAAUCACGAAAAAUGUGAAACAAGAACGAGAACUCUUAAAACCAAUGUUUAAAAUUAUUGGAAACAUGCACGGAGAUGAAACACUCGGACGCCAACUUUUGAUUUAUUUAACGCAAUAUUUAUUAGCGAAUUAUGAGACGAAUCUUCGGGUACGGAAAUUGGUGGAUACUACUGAUAUUUUUAUUAUGCCUACAAUGAAUCCUGAUGGAUACGCUCGAGCUCAGCAAGGUCGAUGCGAAUCUUUAAAAAAUUAUGUGGGUCGAAAUAAUGCCAAUGGAGUCGAUUUAAAUCGUAAUUUUCCUGAUCAAUUUUUUAAUAAUUCAAAAGUUCCAGCGCAGAAGGAAACGUUGCUUAUGAUGGAAUGGAUUCGAUCAAAUCCAUUUGUAUUGUCGGCUAAUUUGCAUGGAGGUGCAAUUGUUGCAAGUUAUCCAUAUGAUGAUUCACCGGGACAACGUGGUGGUCCAAGUUUAUCUCCCGACGAUGCUGUUUUUAAACAAUUAGCUCACGUAUAUGCUGAUCAUCAUCCCUUGAUGAGAAACAGCACCAAUUGCCCAGAGGACUCAUUUGUUCAAGGUAUCACAAACGGUGCUGAUUGGUAUGAUGUUCCAGGUGGAAUGCAGGAUUACAAUUACGUGCACUCAAAUUGUUUUGAGGUAACGUUCGAAUUGAGUUGUUGUAAAUAUCCAGACGCUAGCAAGUUAGUUACAGAAUGGAUGAAUAACAAGGAAUCACUUUUGUCGUAUAUUGAAGCAACGCACAUGGGUAUGAAAGGUUUUGUGUUAGAUGAAUUGGGAAACCCUAUCGCCGAUGCCAAAAUUGUUGUCCAGGGUAUUAAUCAUAAUAUUAGCUCAACAAUGCGGGGUGAAUAUUGGCGAUUACUUGUACCUGGUGAUUAUUCUGUUUAUGCCGUUGCUGUUGGAUAUUUACCAAGUACUUUAGUACAAGUAACAAUAAACGAAAAUGAAACAUUAAUACAGAAUUUUACAUUAAAAGAAAAUAAAGAAGUGAGUAAAAAUUAUAAAGUAGUCCAAAACACAACGGGAUCAAUCACGGAUCAAUAUGGAUUUUUAAUCAAACCAGAAUUUAAGCAUCAUAACUAUGUUCAAAUGGAAAAAGUUUUGGAUAAUUUGAAUAAAAAUUAUCGAACAAUUACGCGAUUAUACAGUAUUGGAAAAUCAGUUCAAGGACGUGAAUUAUAUGUUAUGGAAGUGACGGAAAAUCCGGGCGUGCAUAUACCAGGAAAACCAGAAUUUAAAUACGUUGGAAAUAUGCAUGGGAAUGAAGUUGUGGGUCGGGAAAUGUUAUUAUUAUUAAUAAAAUAUUUAUGUGAAAAUUAUGGUCUAGAUCCAAGAGUAACAGAAUUGUUGAAAACUGUAAGAAUUCAUAUAAUGCCAUCAAUGAAUCCAGAUGGUUAUGAAAAAUCUACACCUGGUGAUGCUCAAAGUUUAGUCGGGCGUGCAAACGCCCAUAAUGUUGAUUUAAAUCGAAAUUUUCCUGAUCAAUAUGGAGAAACACCGUUGAAUCGUAUGAGUGAAGCUGAAACGAAAGCAGUUAUGGAUUGGAUUCAAUCAAUUCCAUUUGUACUAUCAGCAAAUUUACAUGGUGGAACUUUGGUUGCUAAUUAUCCAUUUGAUGAUAAUAAACAGCAAAUAAGUGGCCUAGAAAAUCCAAGCCCGGACGAUGCUGUCUUUAAAUAUUUAGCUCACACAUAUUCAAAUGCCCAUCGUAAAAUGCAUUUAGGGGGUUCACCUUGUGUUGGUUAUCCAAAAGAAGUAUUUCCUGAAGGUAUUGUCAGUGGCGCAAAAUGGUAUUCCGUGUCCGGUGGUAUGCAAGAUUGGAAUUAUAUACAAACUGGAUGUAUGGAAAUUACUUUAGAGUUAGGGUGUGUUAAAUUCCCUUCAGAAAAUAAAUUACCGGAAUUAUGGUUAGAUAAUAAAGAAGCGUUAAUUAAAUUUAUGGAACAGGUUCAUAAAGGAAUACAUGGUUUUAUACGCAGUCAUAUUGGCACACCCAUACCAAAUGCUACAAUUAUUGUUAGCGGUAUAGAUCAUGCCGUAAAAACCGCUAAAGAUGGUGAUUAUUGGCGUAUACUUUUACCAGGAAAAUACAAUAUUACUGUGCGUGCGACAAAAUAUCAAAGUGAAACUGUUGAAGUAACAAUACCCGAAAAAGAUGGGCAAUUAUCAUUGAAUAUUACACUGAUGCCAGAUGAUCCUCAACAUUGGUCAAGUGCUUAUGAUUUUGGUAUAUCAGAGAAUCAAUAUCGGUUGAGGUAUCAUACAAAUAACGAAAUAUUCUCAAUUAUGGGUGACUUGGAAAAUAAAUAUUCACAGUAUGCAACCUUUGAAGCUGGUGAAACGUUAGUUCAAAUUUCAAUUCAUUCGUUAAAAGUGACUAAUAAUAUCGAUCAAUCCGAAGACAAGAAAUUCCACGUAGCUUUAAUUGGUAACAUGUAUGCAACGCAACCAUUAGGUCGUGAACUUCUUAUAUAUUUAGCACGCCAUAUCUUAGUUGGUCGUAAGAUUGGUGAAAAAGCAGUCAUUGAUAUUAUGAACAACGCUGUUUUACAUUUUAUACCCGUUGUGGAUUUAUCAUUUGAAAAAAUUGGUGAAACUCAAGAAAAAAUUGAUAAUUGUUAUAAUAUAUCCGCGGAUUUUGUUGAAAUCGGUGAUCAAUUAAUGAAUUUGGGACGUCGUGGUAAUCCACAAGUCAAUGUUGCCACAUCGUUGAAACAAAUGCUGUUAAAUGAAAAAUUUGAUUUAGUAUUAAAUGUUGAAGGGGGUUCAAUAUCUGUUACUGGCCCACAUACAGACGAUGAAACGAAUCCUUACAAUAGUUUUGUAGAAGCAUUAAAACCUAGUUUGGUAUUUGCACCAGCGUGUGAUAAAAAACCAUUACCAAAAACAAGAGAAUUAGCUAAUUAUAUGUACAAGGAGUAUGAAAUACCAAUGAUAACUGUUGGCGUGGAUUGUUGUAAUUAUCCAUUGGUCAAUAAUUUACAGUAUGUUUGGCGUGCUGCUAUUCAUCCAUUAAAAGCAUUUUUGGAUUUUACACGAAUGGGGAUAAAUGGUUAUGUGAUUUCUGGAUAUCCAUCAAUAUUAAUGACAAAUGCCACAAUACGUAUUGAUGGAUCCAAUAAAUUGUAUGAAGUGAAUCGAAAUACUGCCUUCUAUAAAAUAAUGUUACCCGAAGGCAAUUACAAUUUAAUUAUAUCUUGCCAUAAUUACGCUACAUUAAAUUUGCCGAUUUACAUUCAACAUAACGAAAUCACCACUGUAAAUAUCACGCUAGAAAAAUUAACGGGCGACGGAGAUGUUGAAAUACCCAAUCAAAGUAAAAUCAUUCAAAAUAAAUCUGGUGUUAAAGGAUAUAUUAUCGAUUUGGAAAAUUUGAGCGUGCCAAAAGCAAAAAUUGAAUUUAUUAAUAAGAAAUUAAAUACUACUGAAACAAUUUAUUCAGAUAAAUAUGGAAAUUUCUUACAUUAUUUAAGUCCUGGAAAAUAUGUGGCACGGAUUACUGCUGAUGGUUUUGUUCCUAGCGUGAAAAUAAUUCGAAUAAUGGAUAAGGCCGAAUUACAAGAUGUUGUUGUACGAAUGAUUACUGAUGACAAUAUUUUUAAUGUACCACGAUUAGCUUUUAUUGGAUUGUUAAGUGUAAUUUGUCUUUCAAUAUUGGGUAUAGCAAUAUGUGGCUUUGCUUAUUGUCGUCGAAAACGAAUAGCAAAUCGUGAUUAUGGAUUUUCAAUUUUACCACAAAAAUCUACAUAUUACGACGACGAAGAAUACGAUUAUGAUGAUGAAAAAGAUACAGAAAUAUUUCGUACUCCGUUGAAAGUUCAUUUACCGGAAGAGAAAAAACCGUUAGCAAUACAACCGUACUAUGAUAAUCUAAAUGGUGACGAAUCCAACGAUUCCGAUGAAGAUGAACUAGUGAUAUUAACGCAAAACGGAGCGGGAGGAAUAUCGCCGCCCAGUAACUAAAUAGUUUGAUCUAAAACGUGUUGUGAGCCAAAGUUAAAAUUUUUGUUUCCUUUUUUAUUUUACAAAACUAAAACGUGCCUGUUUAAAAAACCAAUUACAUAUCGUAAUUAUAACUUAUUUUUAGAUAACUUAAUGAAACUUAUAAUUUAAGUUAGUCAUAGAAUUUUUCUAAAAUUGUUGACCAGUGAAGUAUAAAUGAAUCUCUCUCCGUCUCAAUAGAUUCUAUAACUCUAAUGAUUCCAUAAAUAACUUUAAGAUAUUACUUUGCUUUUUAUAAUCCAAAUUAACUUCUUCCAAAACUAUGAAAAUAAGAUAAAACACUGUCAGAUGUCUAUACUAAGUCUAAAUACUCAACAGAUAUGAUCACUAAAACUGUUCUUCUUGCUUUUCCUUUACCAACAAGUAUUAUUAUCAUAGACAGUCAGGGGGCGUACAUUUUUCUGCCCUUAAUAAUAUUUAUAUCUCAAAUAAAUAAACAAUACAUUAAUAUAAAUCCGAUUAUCUUAAUUUUGAAGGCAUGGUGCUAUUGCUCCGAGAUCUCCACAAAAGAAGGGAGACGUCGGGAAAAAAAAUUGUUCAUUUUAUUUGGAAAAUAAUUAGAAAUAAUGCCUCCACUCCUUUGUUGCCCCAGACCCUCGAGACCUCUAAAUCCGCCUUUGCAAACGAUUUUAGUUAAAAAUGAUACCAAUUUUUUUUUCCUACUUUUAGGCAAAUUUGAAUAUGGCGACUAGAUACCCUUCAUUUAGUUCUUAAGUAAAAAAAUAAAUAAUAGCUUUGUUGUUUUCACCAAAAGCCACUCUGCGCUUGCGCGUAGAGUUGCGUAAAGGUUAAUUCACCUCUAACAUUGACCCUGUUCAGAACAAUUUAAUUCUAAGCUGGAAACUCAGCAUAUCUAAGAAAUAACAUAUACAAUUAGCUAGUCAAGUGAUUCAGAAAUCUUUGCAGUAAGUCAUUGAUAGCUAGCAAAAAAAUGAUCUUAGCUUUUAGAACCAUAGAAAACAUAAACUAAGGAAAGUAAAGUUGUAUACUAAAUUUUUGUAUACAAAUUUAAACAUAAAAAUCGUUUUACGAUUAUAAUUAAUGUUUAUGAUUUACUGUUUUAUAUGAAACGAUCAUUAUAUUGAGAUAUUCCGGCAGCAAAUUCAAUUUUCCGGCAGUAAAACGUGAAUAAAAUAGCUCUGAAUGUCUUAGCAUUGAUACUGGAAUAUAAAUUCAAAUUUACUUUCAUUUUAGAGAUGCUGUUCUUCAGAUAUAAUAAUAAUAACAGCUGAAUCCAUUUCUGGGUAUAUGAAUUCUCCCGAGAUUAUUCUUGUAGUACAAGCAACAAGUUGAGGAUAUGCUUCCAAGCUUGUUUUUUCGUUGACAAUCUCAUAUACGAGCUGCUCGCGUAUUUUCUAAAAAGAUCGCAGCCUUCCUCUGCUUGUACGCAUCAAAUGUUCUACCCAGCUCUAUUUGAGUUGCUUGCUUAGAUAAAAAAGCAGCGUCAUGUAUUUUUGAUAUUUUGAGCAUAUGUUUCUCCAGUUUUCUUUGUCGCGUACUAAGUUUGGCACUAUUUGUUUGCGAUGUUGCCCAAGUUUGACAUCCAUAUAGCAACACUAGCGUUAUUGCGAUAUCAAUUGGAUUUAAUCGAUUGAGGAAGAUUGGUGUUGAAGAGUUCGUUGAGCGAGAUUAUUUGACCUAGAAAACAUCUUCUUCUACAUAUUCGAGCUGUUGGUUUUCUCUAGAUAUAUCGACUUUGUUACCAUUUGGAAUAAUUUUACUCUUGUUGAGAUUUAUGCGUAGGCCAGCCUUUAUAAUUUCUUAGAUAUACUGAGUUUUUAACUUAAGUCUUGCCAAAACACUAAGUUGUUUUGAACAGGUACAGUGUGUAAAAUAAAGAGCGGUAAAUAUGACAGACUGCAAAUUAUUUAGAUUAAGUAUAGACAUAAGUCCUUUUUCUUUUAUCAAGUCCCAAGAAUAAACAAUACUCUUUAGUUAUUAAAAUUGAGAAACUCAAAACUAAUGCAAAAAAUGAUAUUUGAAGGGUUUUUUUCAUUUGGAGAAUAUUUACAGAUUGUUUUGUCUCUAAUAAGGCUAAGGUCACAAAGAUGCGUUACACUUGUGUUGAAAGAAAUAAUUUGGUUUAAAUAGAGCUAUUCAUACGAACGUCAAUUUCAACGAUCGCGGUCUAUUUACACCAUGUACUUCUAACAAACGUGUAUUGUAAAAACCAUCCGUUAAAAUCGACACUAGUGCCAGCUUAGCCUAAGAAAAUACAGAUAAGUUCUCUUUAUUUACUAAAUAGCUUUUUACAUGCCUUUAAAUAGGAAGCUUUUAAUAUUCCAGUUAUUUAGGGACCAAAUUCAUUUUAUCCUUUUUUUUAAGUUAAAAACGUGACAUUCUAAUAAAAAAAAAAUGUAGGCUGUGUUGUUAUUUAA